AUGAUGUAUUUUCUUCGUGCAUCCAGCUACAUUAACCCAUCGUUGUUGGGCAGAUUUGAUGAUGUUAUGCGUACCGCCUUGUCAGCCAUUUGCAAUGAGCCAUCUGGCAUUUCAGUGCAAGAUGGCAAGCGACCAGACGGUUGUACUCUUACACCCUGGAGAGCCGGUAAAUGUUUGGCUUGGGAUGCUACGGUUCCUGGUACCUUGGCCAAGCGCUACGUUCACUUUACCAGCAAAGAAUGUGCGAAAUCAGUUGUGAAAACAUCAACUGAAAAACCUACAUCAACAUCAACAACAACAACAGCACCAUCGACUUUGUCAUUUUGUUCAAAUGCCACAACUACAACAACCUCAGAAACAUUCCACAAAGAUGUAUUAGUUUCAGUAAAAAAAUCACCAACAACAGCAACAACAACAUCUCUUUUGUCGACAUUAAUAACAGCCGCAACAACAACGAAACCAUCAACAACAUUAACAACAUCAACGUCAACAACUACUUCAACGACAUCUAGAAACUCAAUAAACCUCCUCGAAUGUGAUCAGAAUUAUUUUCGUACCACACUUUUUAUACAUCUAAAUGACAAUAUCAACAACAACAACAUUAAAAACAACAACAAUAACAUUGAAAACCACAUUGACAACAACAACAUUGACAACAACAACAACAUUAUUAACAACAACAACGUUAACAGGAAUGUUACUGCUAAAUGCGUAAACAAUAUUAAAAAUAGUACACACAACAACAUCAGCAGCAACAAAAACAUCAACAACAACAAAAACAUCAACAGCAAUAAAAACAUCAACAACAUCAACAACGUCGUUUAUUCUAAUCUAUCGAAAAAACUAGACAACACUUUCAGCUGCAACAAUAACAAUACUAACAACAACAACAAAAACAACAAAAUCGGACCACUGAAUAAACCAAUAAAUAAAAAUAAUAAUAACAACAUUAAUAAGAUUUCUUUUAAUAAUAAUAAUAAUAAUAACUUUAACAACAAAAACAACAACAAUGUUAACAAUAACAUUCUCAAAGUUAAUGUCGUAAACAAGAUCAUUAAAAAUAUCAACAGCAACAACAACAAAUACAACAACAACAACAAAUACAACAACAACAUCAAGAAAAAUAUUACCAACAACAACAACAACAUCAACAAAACUCUGUUAAAUUGUUGUAUUAAAGGAAGAAACAGAGAAACCAAGUCCAGUUGUUACAAAAAUAAAUACAAGCAUAACACGCCACCUGGCUUAAACGUCAUCAACAACGACAUCAACAACUACAUCUGUAGCAACAAUUACGUCAGCAGCAACAACAACAAAAACAUUAACGACAUUAUCGACCAUAACAACAACAACAACAACUGCUACUGCAACAUCAGUAAUUGUUGUAACGUUCCUAACAAGUCCAUUGAUGAUAUUAAUUGCAGCGACAACAACAACACUAGCAACAGUAUGGAUGUCGAUGACAACAACGAAACUUUUUCAACUAGUUGUCAGUUUGUUUUAACGAAAGGUCAGCAACAACAACAGCAACUACAGCAACUACAAUAUCAACAACAACAACAACAACAUCAUCAACCACAACAUCAACAACAACUACAACCACAGCGCAAGACUGAGAAACAUCCUGAUGAUGUUCUGGAUAGCUACGCCGAAGAUGAUACCAAAGAUGUUACCCGCAUAAAUUAUGAUAAUGUUAACCAUUCUAAUCAUUUCGAUAAUAAUAUUAAUCAUGAUGAUGAUGAUGAUAGGAGAGUUGAGGGUAAUAGGGCUAGUAACAAUAACAUUAUAAAUGUUCUUAAUGAUGAUAAUGAUGAUGAUGGUUGUGACAACGAUGAUGAUGGUGGUGGUGUGGAUAAUGAUGAUGAUGAUGACCAUGGUGGUGGUGUUGCUGGUGAUGAUCUUAACCAUGCUUCUGAAAUCACUUGCACACAAUAUUUCAACAAUGGAUUUGACGACGAUGACGAUGAUGAUGGUAAUGAUGAAAGAAAAGCGGUUAGCAAUAACGAUUAUGGAGGUAACAACGAUAAUGAUAAUGAUCCUCGUCAUCAUCAUCAUCAUCAUCUGGCACUUUAUGAUGAUGCUGAUAAUGAUGAUGACGCUAAUACUAAUGCGAUUGAUGACAACAUAGUGAUGGCCAUGUUAAAUGGUUCUGAAGAUGACAUCGCUGGUGGUGACGAUGACGAUGGGGAUGGUGGUGAGAAGAACGACAACGUAUGCAGCGAUUCUGUUGAUGACAACAACAACAACAUCAACGAUGGUGACAACAACACUAUUGACGUCAUCUGCUCAGCUCACAUCAACAACUCCAGUAACAAAGCUGAAGUUGAGAGGGAUACAAUUGAUGGAAGUAGUCCGGACAACAUCAUCUCAUCAAGUAACAACGACAUCAAUGAUGACGUCAACAACUCUGAAAACAUCAUCAGCGAUGACAGCAAAAUUGGCAUCAGCAAUCACUGUUACAACAACUGCAACAACAACGUCAACAUCAACAACAACAACGUCAACAAUAACUGCAACAACUGCAACAACAUCAACAACAACAACGUCAACAUCAACAGCAACAACUGCAACAACAACAACUGCAUCAACUACAGCAACAACAACAUCGACUGCAGCAUCAACAACUGCAACAUCAACUACAACAACUGCAACAUUGUAUGUUCUCAAUAUUGA